CAUGCCAGGGCUCCUCGGGGUAAAGCACAGCGGCCGCUGCGACCCAGAGCCCUUCCUGUGCGGCUGGAGCCAAUGACAGUGGCAUCGCUCUGCUCGCGCCCCCGGCUCCGGGCUGCUGCCGACCUCUUUGGCGUAGCCGAGUCGCCCAGCGGGAUGGGCGGCGAGGCGGGGUCCGCGGCAGCCAUGGGCUCCGAGGGUCGCGUGAAGAGCCUGGGUCUGGUGUUCGAGGAUGAGAGCAAAGGCUGCUACUCGAGCGGCGAGACAGUGGCGGGGCACGUGCUGCUGGAGGCGGCCGAGCCGGUGGCCCUGCGCGCGCUGCGCCUGGAGGCCCACGGCCGCGCCACAGCUGCUUGGGGCCCGAGCGCUGGCACCGCAGCCCCGGCCUCCGCCUCGGAGGUGGAGUACCUGAACGUGCGCCUGAGGCUGCGCGAGCCCCCGGCCGGUGAAGGCAUCCUCUUAUUACAGCCUGGAAAACACGAAUUUCCAUUUAGCUUUCAACUUCCAUCUGAACCUUUGGUAACCUCAUUCACCGGGAAAUACGGAAGCAUUCAGUACUGUGUGCGGGCGGUUUUGGAACGACCCAAAGCGUCUGAUCAGAGUGUCAAGAGGGAAAUCCAGGUGAUACGGCCCAUGGAUGUCAACACACCAGCAUUAUUAACCCCUGUAUUGAAAACUGAAGAGAAAAUGGUUGGCUGCUCGUUUUUCACUUCUGGUCCAGUCUCACUGAGUGCCAAAAUUGAAAGAAAGGGCUAUUGCAAUGGAGAAGCUAUUCCAAUCUAUGCAGAAAUAGAGAAUUGUUCCUCUCGUCUGAUUGUUCCCAAAGCUGCUAUUUUCCAAACCCAGACAUACUUGGCCAGUGGGAAGACCAAGACCGUGCGGCACAUGGUCGCCCACGUGCGAGGGAACCACAUCGCCUCUGGGAGCACGGACUCCUGGAACGGGAAGAUGCUAAAAAUCCCGCCUGUCACCCCGUCCAUCCUAGACUGCUGCAUCAUCAGAGUCGACUAUUCCUUAGCUGUAUAUAUUCACAUUCCUGGUGCUAAAAAAUUGAUGCUGGAGCUGCCCUUAGUGAUUGGCACAAUUCCAUACAAUGGUAUUGGCAGCAGGAAUGCCAGCGUCGCCAGCCAGUUCAGCAUGGAUAUGAGCUGGCUGACACUGACCCUGCCGGAACAGCCUGAAGCUCCGCCCAAUUAUGCAGACGUUGUGUCAGAGGAAGAAUUCUCCAGACACGUCCCCACUUACCCUCAGCCCCCCAGCUCUGAGGGAGAAGCAUGCUGCCCUAUGUUUGCCUGCAUUCAGGAAUUCCGGUUCCAGCCCCCACCUCUUUAUUCAGAGGUUGAUCCACAUCCCACUGACGUAGAGGAGAGCCAGACUGUCUCCUUCAUUCUCUGAACAUAGUUCAGAAAUCACUGUGACCCUCACCCAGUUAGAAUGUUGGCUGUUUCCCCCCUGCCUUCUGGGGAAAAGGGACGGAAGAUUCACUUAAGAAUGUAAGUGAACGUCAGCACCAAGAAUUUAACACAUGAACUUUCCAGUGGGCCGAUGGGACUGCUGCACAGUCUGUGCUAUGGCCGUAUGUCCCCUUAAAUAAUGGGAUGAAGAUGUGAGAAGUCACAGAAUGCAACAGAAGUCCUGAAGGUGACAGAGUAAGUGAGGGCUGCCUGCACUGACCGGGAGAAAGGAGUCUGUGUCACCAGUGGGGACACUGUGUGAGUAUGCCUUUGAAAAGGUUUCUCCGAGUAGAACAGAGGGGUCCUAAGCUCCGGACUCACUGGGAGGAGAUGGUUUUGGAGAAGGUAGUGGCACAAGGCCAUGCAUGAGCAGGAAGAGUCCUAUCUGAGCACAUGCAAGACACUCGGUGCCAGGGUCUUCACGGUCUGUCCCUUGUGCCCUAAGACUGUGGUCCUUGAAAGAAUUCUUUCCUGAGACCACAGUCUUAUGGGGUCCUAAUGCAGUGACUCCAUUUUCACUCUUCCGAUGGUACUUUAAAAUGUAAUUUAUGAACUAGUGGCACAGUGUUAUGAAACCAAGAAAGAGUCCCUUGAAAGGCUUGUCAGUUCAAAGGGGAAAGGUGGAUUUCAACAUGGAAAGACACUUAGUUGAAGGCUGUGCUUUUACCCCCUAAAAGUGCUUUAACAGGAUACAAAUUUACCCCCUAAAAGUGCUUUUACCCUCUAAAAGUGCUUUAACAGGAUACAUUUUUAUAUUCCUCAUGUCUUAUUUACCUAAGAGCAUAUUAGAAAAAGAUGGGGAGGGGGAGGAGUUUGCAUCCUCAGGAUGCCCUGAUAAAUACACAGGAAACAUUAAAAAAGGCCUUUUCCUAACCUACCUCUAGUGGGUGAUCAGAUUUGUUUUAACCUCAGGCUCCUAAGUCUCUGAAGUGUCUGCUACUUUGCAGUAGUAGCUCAUCUCCCCAUCACUCCAUCAGAUGCUGAACCAAGGGAAACACCUAUGUGAUUAGCAUUCUUUGGAAGUUAAUGUAUGUAUACUAAAGGGUAGUUGAAAGUAAAUACAAAAUCAAAGAAAAAACAUUCUUUAAAUGCCAUUUUUAAAAAAAGGCAUGAACUUCAUUCCUAUCAGGAGACUUAAGUCUACUGAUGGCAGUCACUGCCUUGUCCUUUGUCAAUCCAAUUCUUUAGUAAUUAUAUUUAAACUGUGAUUUUGUUUAUUGUUUUGGUGCAAUAUUUUGUUAUCAUUUAGCCUCAGGAUAUUCCGACCAACAAGAUUGUGUUGCUGCUAAGUCUGAGGAGUGUUUUCACGGUUCCCCCUCCUAUUCACCGUCACAGUUUCACUUGCUUUUCCUAUAAUCUGUUGGCUUUGUGAGCUGAAAGCAUUUCUGGAUGCUCGGAGAAGGGAGGCAGGAAUCCCCAUGAUGGAGAUUUUGGACCAGACAAGGCCUUUGGUUUCCUCCAUGUCCUAAGGGAUUGAUCUAGAAACCCUGGUGCUUCCAUGCAGAAUAUUUUAUUCAACAGAACAAUGAACAAUUAAGUUUUCUUUCAAUCGGUAUAUUUCGUGAGAAAUGGAAAAAAAAAUUCUUCUGAGGUUAAAUUUUGUAUUUAAAAAAUAGUUGGCCACUCAAUCAGGGAUUUUUCUACAAACGCUAGGUAAAUGUGCGCUUUUCACCUGUCUGGACAGGUCUCUGUAAUCAUGUAAGCAUCGCAGGCAUUUCUUUCAGCAUAAGCCACUGUUUAAAAUCACAACGCGAAACUGUUAUACCAACAAUCCUGGUACCAAAGUUGUCACAAAACUUUACUCCCUGCUUUGUUUUCUUAUGCUGCCUUGGUUUUUUUUUUGUGCGUGCCUUUUUUAAACUGAUAUGUGUACUUAACUGUUGAAACAGUUUUAUUUUUACUUCAAAAAAGAUCAUCUUCCACCAUUUGUUGACUUCUCAGUUGCAGUUUACAUGCUUUGUUGAAACUUUGUCCAUCUCCAUGAUACUAAAACAGAGGGAAGAAAUGAAACAGUAUGAAGAAAGGAAAGUCUAAUUAUUUGGCUUCAGGUAGAAAAGCAACUACUUACUAGCAUCCUUUACCGGGAUUGUGUUGUCACCUUUAUUAGAGAAAUCAUGACGUGUGCCCACAAAACUGAAGGAAAGCUGAUGAUGUAGCACUUAGGAGAAGAGCUAAAUAGUAUGAUUUGCCUUAUUGAAUUGAUAUCAGUAUAUCUGACCUUAACCAGUGGGUUGAAACUGCAUACUUCUUUUUAUAAUCAAGAAAUUAUUUCAUGAAUGUAGAAAAUCCUACAUUGGAACAGACAAUACUUGGAAAUGAAGGUUAAAAUUUAGCUGCUGUAUUUGCUCAGAUAUCGCCCUCUUGUUUAGUUUUCAAAGAAAGAAACCAUGGCCUUAGAAUUUUUCUUUUUGAUGCAAAAAUUUUGAAGUUGAAAAUAUACAGGUUUGGGCACACAAAACCCUUCUGUGGGCUGAACUUUACUUUUUGUUUUUGUUUUGCACAGUAAGAAACUCAAUAGGCAGGGGUUAUGUUUUUUAUAAGUUAACUAUGGAAACCUUUUUAUUUUUAUUAUUAAAAAUGUAACCAUUUAACCCACUGGGAAAAAAUACAGAUUGCAUUUUGUACUCUU